AUGCCUCCUCGCAUUGUCCGGCGCAAGCCUUGGUCCGAAAGGAUCAAGGCCAUGCUGAACCCCAUGGAUUUCUUGCUUUGGCUGUCGGAGGAGCUGGAGACCAGGGACUGGGACUCCAAGGCUCUAGGAACUCAGUUGGGCCUGGCUUUCAACUUUGCCUUUCUGAUCGCUCGAGCUAAUAGCCGGGAGUCCGGGGGUCAAGAUGAUGUGUUUAGUGACUACAGCAGCAGCAACAUGGCCACUUAUUUGUUCCGAACGCUCGUUUGGAUUCUCCUUUUCCUCUCCACCUCCAACGCCAUCUACACCAUGACGAGAUCCCGACACUACCGACUAUUUGAAGUCAACGUCGAGCAGCCCCCACAAACACCGUCUGCUUCCCGCGUCAAAGUGCAGUCGUCGCCAGUAGCUUCAUCGCCGCUGCGGUUUCUGGCCAAUGUGAUGCUACCAGAGACUGCCGAGUCUAGGGCUCAUCCGGAUAAGACACGGGAUGUGUGGGAAUUGGCCGUCUGGGACCCGUUGCCCGUAUCUCUCCAGCUCUUUGCUCUGUUCAGCCCGGGCCACGUCCUUGUGUAUAUGCUUUAUUUGCCGCUGGUGCCGUUGGACCCGCGCCCCAGCGUGACGGUGUUCAACUGCCUCCUCCUCCAGGUCAUCAUGAGCGCGCAGCUCCUGUUCCUGCAGUCGCGAUUCUCCCAGCAGAUCAAGGACACGGCUAUCAUACACAAGGAGGUGCUCCAUGAAUACGACACCAAGUUCGUGCACCCUCGGCUGCACCCGGUUGUUCGCGACGUCGCCACGCAGACUUCGUCGGAGGACGACACGAACAAGGGAGGCUCCGUACAGCUAGGCACGCCGACGACGGUGAUCAAGAAAGAAUUCCAAACCUUUCCGAACCCGAACUACAUGCGACACGUCGACCCCGAUUACGAAACGUCGUCUCAAUUACGACCGCAGGCGAACGUCAUGAACCCCCGGCUCUUCACUCCGACGAAUAAGACCCCGGCCCGACGAUGGGGCACCGCCGCAUCGACGACUCCACAGCCCGGCAGCCGUUCGAGUUCACGACAGAGCCUGCCGGCUGGCUAUCAACAACACCAGACUAUGCCGUCGGCGCCAUCACCGGGUCUCGGCCUGAGCAGCGCGAAGAGCACGGGGACACAGUUCGGGGGCAGUCUCGGCGCGUUCACGCACGUCAACUCUCCCCUGAAGAAGGCUAGUAGCCUUCACGACAUCGGGUCCGGUUUCAGAUCGCCGAGGAACUCGAGAGAGAUGGCGGCGAUGGAACAGCAGAGGUCGAGUCCACUCAAGGAGCAUAGAAGAGUAACGGUGGGAGGCGACGGGGUGGCCACAACAUCCGGUUCUGGGGGGGUUAACCCUUUUGCCCAGGCACAGCGGGAUAGGCUCACACAGGAGAGAUAUCCCAAGAUGUGGACCGGAUGGAAUUGA